AUGACUGAAGGCAUAGCCUAUGAAGAAGACCAAGUAGUAUGGGCAAAAAUACGAGGCUACCCAUGAUGGCCAGGCGUCGUAAUUUUUAUACAGAUUAGUAAAACUGAAAAAUCUAAUUUAAUAAGGCCAGUUGACGAUAUACAAUACACAGUCAAUUUCAUUGGGGAAAAUACACAGUAACUUAUAAUCAGUGCGUCGUUGUCAAGCAAAUAUUUAAGUGAUUUUGAAAUGCUUUACCCUCAGCAUUCCAAACUAAAAGGCAGAGCCCCAGGGAAUAAGUGGCUAUUAAAAUGCAUUGGAAUUGCAAAACAGCUUUCUGAUGGAAUUUUAAACGUUUCUAAUCUCCCAAGUAUAAACCAAAGUCUAAUAAAGAAAAAACACAAAACUAAAGCGGCUGAAGCUGAAAACAGCCAGCUAGCAGAGCCAAAUUUUAAACUUGAGCAGCUAAAGACGCUGCUUGAGGAAAAAAUUCACAGGAUCAGUGAGCUCCAAAUUUCCACAAAAUCAAAAAAAACCACCAAUAUUUUGGCUCGACAUGAAAAGCUGCUAUCAGAAUUCACUGAAGGGCUUAGUGAUGAGGAUGGAAAAGUCACUGAGAUCUGUAAAAGUCUAUCUGAAUUAAUCGAACUUGACAUAAAUGCAAAACUGUUAGCAAAAAACCCAAUUAAAAAAAUAGUAAAACUGUUGGCGAAUUCAUGCCAGAAAAGUGAUUGUGAAGUAUUAAAAGAGCUUGCUGAGGUGGCAUUAAGGCUGAGGGAAUAUUGGAAAAAAAUCAGGGAGAUAGGAAUACCAGUAGAAGGGUGCGAAAAAAGGUUUAGGACAGAAAAUGAUGAAACUUAUAUAGCUGAUAAAAGUUUGAGGAGAAGAGUCUGCUGUAAAAUUGCUAAAGUGCUAGAAAAUAAUAAUUUUGCAAUAGAAAAAGCACAAGAAAUCGCCUUGUCUAUUGAGAGAAAUUUAAGAAUGAAGGAUCCUUCUAUGUCUUCUAAGUAUAGGAACCACUUCAGACUUAUGAUAAAGGAUAUUAAAAAUAUCAGUCCAGCAGCUUACAGAGCUGCAACUGAGACCCAUUAG